AUGGAACGCAGUACUGGUGUAACUGGUUCCUCGGGUAGCAAGGGUGAUACCGGUGCUACUGGUGUCACCGGAGCGAAAGGAGACAAAGGCGAGAAGGGAGAGGUCGGCGCAAGCGGUGUGACUGGAGCACAAGGUGCUACUGGUGUGACGGGAGCAAAGGGUAAUGUCGGUGACACUGGUGUCACAGGCGACACGGGUGUGACUGGCAAUACUGGAGUUACCGGCGCCAAGGGUGACCUUGGUCCCACUGGUGUUACUGGAAGUACAGGACAAAAAGGAGAAGUCGGUGUCGGAGUUGCUGGAGUCACGGGUGCAAAGGGAAUGAUAGGAAAUACAGGUGUGACUGGAUCCAAAGGCGACACGGGCGAGAAAGGUGAUACUGGUGUCACUGGUGUUGACGGCGAUACUGGUGUCACUGGGUCCAAGGGAGGCGUGGGCGAGAAAGGAGAAGUCGGAGCAGUUGGUGUCACUGGGUCCAAGGGUGACACUGGUGUGACUGGAGCGAAGGGCAACACUGGAGUUACUGGAGCUAAAGGUGAAAUAGGCGCUACCGGCGUCACUGGAUCAACGGGCAACACUGGAGUAACGGGAGCCAAGGGCGAAAAGGGGAAUCUCGGAGAUACUGGCGUGACUGGUGCCAAGGGUCGGACUGGCGAUACUGGAGUUACUGGAGCUAAGGGAAACGGGGGCGUAACUGGUUCAAAAGGAGACACGGGCAGUUCCGGUGUUACUGGCGAUACUGGUGUAACUGGUUCCAAAGGCAGUAAAGGGGAGGUUGGCUCAACAGGGGUUACUGGAUCAACGGGAGAAAAAGGAGUUAACGGCGACACCGGUGUCACUGGAGCCACGGGCCAGAAGGGAGAGGGUGGACAAACGGGCAACGUCGGUGUUACCGGCAGCAAGGGUGACACUGGAGUGACAGGCUCAAAGGGAGUGAUUGGUGACACUGGAGUAACUGGCUCAAAGGGUUCAACUGGGGAAAAGGGAGAUAUCGGAGUCACUGGUGCCAAAGGGGAUAUUGGUGUCACUGGUUCAAAAGGUGAAAAGGGAGAAGGUGCCGUAGGUGUAACUGGUGCUACUGGCGUCACUGGUGCUACUGGCGGGAAAGGAGAAGUCGGAGCAACGGGUGUCACUGGGGCCAAGGGUACCUUGGGAGAUACUGGUGUUACAGGAGUGAAGGGCGACAAAGGGGACACUGGACAGAAUGGUGCCAGCGGUGAUACUGGUGUUACUGGUUCUAAGGGUGAUACUGGUGUAACUGGCGCAAAGGGUGAGACAGGUAAUAAAGGUGACACUGGCGUCACAGGCAGUAAGGGUGACACAGGAUCAACUGGAGUAACUGGCUCUAAAGGUGAAACAGGCAGUACUGGAGUCACUGGUUCCAAAGGCGACACUGGCGUUACUGGAUCAAAGGGCAAUACUGGUGUUACCGGUGCCAAGGGAAUCACCGGAGACACAGGUGUAACUGGAGCCAAGGGCGAUACUGGUGUCACAGGCGUUGAUGGUGAUACUGGUGUCACUGGAUCAAAGGGAGAGGUUGGAUCUACUGGUGUUACAGGAGCCAAGGGCCGGACAGGAGACACUGGUGUUACAGGAUCAAAGGGUAAUACUGGUGAUACUGGAGUUACCGGUUCCAAGGGAGACACAGGCGUCACUGGUGCCAAAGGAGAAGUCGGAAAUACAGGUGUCACAGGAAGUACGGGACAGAAAGGAGAAGGUGGGCAGAAAGGACAGACCGGUGACACAGGUGUCACUGGUUCCAAGGGUGAUACUGGAGUAACAGGUUCGAAGGGAACAACCGGUGAUACAGGUGUUACUGGAAGUACGGGCCAGAAAGGAGAUGAUGGCCAGAAAGGACAGACUGGCGACACAGGUGUCACUGGUUCCAAGGGCGACACCGGAGUAACAGGUUCCAAGGGAGAAACUGGUGACACAGGUGUAACUGGAAGUACAGGUCAAAAAGGCGGAACAGGACAGAAAGGAGAAACGGGCAAUACUGGAGUUACUGGUGCACAGGGCAGCACGGGAGUCACAGGAGCAUCUGGAGCUAAAGGCAACACUGGUGACACAGGUGUGACAGGAGCCAAGGGCAAUACAGGAGUUACUGGUGCAAAGGGAGAGGUCGGUGCAGUCGGUGUGACUGGUAACACUGGUGUUACUGGAGCAAAGGGUGAAAUAGGAAAUACUGGGGUAACUGGAUCCAAGGGUGAUACUGGUGUCACUGGUUCCAAGGGCGACACUGGUGUGACCGGAGCUAAGGGUGAAACUGGUACUACUGGUGUCACAGGAUCCAAGGGUUCAAUAGGUGCAACUGGUGUGACUGGAGCAGGUGGUGAUACUGGCGUCACGGGUGCCAAAGGUAGCACUGGUUCAACAGGUAUUACUGGUGCUAAAGGAAACACCGGGGUUACUGGUAGCAAAGGGGCGACUGGUGUUACUGGAGCAAAAGGUGAACUUGGUGAUACUGGUAUCACUGGAGCCAAGGGAUCUACUGGUGUUACAGGAUCAAAAGGAGACAUUGGUAAUACUGGUGUCACUGGAGCCGUGGGCAGUACUGGUGUUACUGGAAGUAAAGGUUCUACCGGUGUCACUGGGUCUAAAGGUGACCUUGGACCAACUGGCGUUACUGGCGCCACGGGUGUAACAGGUGCAACGGGAGCCGUCGGUGUAACAGGUAAUACUGGUGUAACUGGUGCCAAAGGCUCAACUGGAGUGACAGGUGCAAAAGGUGCAACCGGGUCAACUGGUGUUACCGGAUCAAAGGGUGAUACUGGUACUACAGGAGCAAAGGGUUCAACAGGUUCAACUGGGGUUACUGGAUCAGUUGGUGCUACCGGUGUUACUGGUGCCAAGGGUUCAACUGGCUCUACCGGUGUUACUGGAGUAGAUGGCAAUACUGGUGUUACAGGAGCAAAGGGAUCCAAAGGUGAACUUGGGGAAACUGGCGUAACCGGAGCUAAAGGUUCAACUGGAGUAACUGGGGCUAAGGGUGACACUGGUGCUGUUGGAAUAACUGGUGCCAAGGGUGCAACUGGUGCUAAGGGUGAGACUGGAGAUACUGGUGUAACAGGUUCCAAAGGAAGCAAAGGUGAAAUUGGAGAUACUGGCGUUACUGGGUCUAAAGGUGGUACUGGGGCGGCUGGUGUGACUGGUAACACUGGAGUCACUGGCUCCAAGGGUGAUAAAGGCGAGAAGGGAGAACUUGGUGCCGUUGGUGUGACUGGAGCAAAGGGAAGCACUGGAGCAGUCGGUGUCACUGGUUCAAAUGGUGCCAAGGGAGAAACCGGUGAUACUGGAGUGACCGGAGCACAGGGUGCCACUGGUGUUACAGGUUCAAAAGGUGCAACUGGCGUCACUGGUGGUACUGGAAACAAAGGCGUUUCAGGUGACACAGGAGUCACUGGUGCAACUGGUGUUACAGGCGCGAAAGGUGCAACGGGUGCGGUUGGUGUUACAGGAGCGAAGGGCAGAACAGGAGACACUGGCGUGACAGGAUCGAAGGGUGACACUGGGGUAACUGGAGUGGAUGGUAAUACCGGAGUCACUGGAGCAAAGGGAGAUGUUGGCAAUACUGGCGUGACUGGUGUCCGAGGUGAAACUGGAGUGACUGGUUCCAAAGGUGAAAAGGGAUCUGACGGAGCAACUGGCGUUACUGGUUCCAAUGGACAAAAGGGAGAAACUGGGGCAACUGGCGUGACUGGCGCUAAAGGUGCUGGAGGAACCAAGGGUGAAAAGGGUGGUACAGGAGCUGCUGGGGUAACUGGUGCAACUGGCGUAACAGGUGCCAAAGGCGACACUGGUGUCACUGGUUCAAAGGGAGAUGACGGUGCAGUCGGAGUCACUGGUGCAACUGGCAUUACUGGCGUUGAUGGUGACACCGGUGUAACUGGAUCCAAGGGAGAAACUGGUAGCAAAGGAGAUACUGGCGUGACCGGAUCUAAGGGAGGAAUUGGUGCAACUGGUGUCACUGGAGCUAAGGGAGGCACGGGUAGCCAAGGUGCAACUGGAGUGACAGGUGCUAAAGGGGCAACUGGUGUUCAAGGCGCAACUGGUGUCACUGGUUCGAAGGGAGAUAACGGUGCGGCUGGUGUCACUGGUGCAACUGGUGUGACUGGCGUUGAUGGUGACAUUGGUGUGACUGGAGCCAAGGGAGAGACCGGUAGCAUUGGAAACACUGGUGUGACUGGUGCGAAGGGAGCGACUGGCACCAAAGGAGAUACCGGUGCGACAGGAGUGACAGGAGCCAAGGGAGCAACCGGAGAAAAGGGUGGAGUUGGUACAACUGGCGUGACUGGAGCAAAAGGCGAUCAAGGUGUCACAGGAGCCAAGGGCGCAGUUGGAGACACUGGCGUGACCGGGGCAACUGGCGCCACUGGUGUUACGGGAAGCAAGGGUGACACUGGUGCAACGGGCGUUACAGGAGCCAAAGGAGACGUUGGUGUAACUGGCGCCACUGGUGUUACUGGUGCAAAGGGCAACACGGGUUCGCAGGGUGUCAAGGGAGAAACGGGAGCCGGCUUUCAGGGAUUUGAUGACGUAGACGAAUGCGCCACUAGUAACGGAGGUUGUCACCAGCGUUGCGUUGACACCUACUAUGGCCAUUAUUGUGCCUGUAACGCUGGCUACGACUUGGAAGAAUUCGAUGGAACCACGAUAGUCGAUCACGGUGGUGUGACGCGCUACUGGAAUUCUGGAGUUCCUACAAAUUGUACUGACCCCCAAUACUACAACUGUUACGACACAUUCAAUGGAUAUAUAUGUGUUUGCUACUUCGAAGAGAACUAUUACUCCCUCAAUGGAACUCAGUGUGCAAACAAGAACGAAUGCCUCGUAGAUAAUGGCGGCUGCGAACACAGCUGUACAGAUAAUGAAGGCAGUUACACAUGCUCAUGUGACGACGGCUUCACUCUGGCUGAUGACAAGAGAGGGUGCAUAGAUCUCAACGAAUGCGCAAACUAUAAUGGCGGCUGCUCCGACGGGUGUAUCAACACUGUCGGCUCUUUCCACUGCACAUGCGUAAUAGGAUACCACAGCGUCGGCAUAGCUGGAACCGACUGUGACGCUAUCAAUGAAUGUGACUAUGAUAAUGGCGGUUGUAUGCAUACAUGCACAGAUAAUGUUGAUGGCUAUAUCUGCACCUGUGAUAGUGGGUUUACACUAUCGAGUGACAACCAUGGAUGUGAUGAUACGAACGAGUGCGACACUGAUAAUGGUGGCUGCACGGACGGCUGCAUAAACACGGUCGGAGGUUUCCAUUGCCAGUGUCAGGUCGGCUUUAAAUGGUUCAAGAUUAGCGGAAGCAACUGCUCAGCGGUGGACGAGUGCAGUUUCAACAAUGGAGGCUGUGCUCAUACCUGCACUGAGACUGAGGCUGGUUUCAGUUGCUCAUGCCUGACCGGAUACAACAUUACAGACGAUCUGAGGACUUGUAAAGAUGUUGACGAAUGCGCCGUGAACAACGAGUCAUGUGCAGCCGAAACCUUGUGCGUCAACACCCCUGGAGGUUUCAGCUGUAUAGAAAUCAGCAUUGAAUCUGUAGCGAAGAUAUUUUUCCGGUCUCUCGGGCAGAAGUCAAACGCUGAGUCCGAGUUGGUGCAAGACCUUGAGGAAAAGGUAUCCGCAUUAUCAACAAGCCAUACCACUGGCAUCAUCUGGAUCGUCAUACUGUCCCUUGCACUGGUCACAGUGGGGGCAAUCAGCUUCGGGAGGUGGCGAAAGGAUUGCGGGAAAAAGAGCUCGAAUAGUGAGACCAGUAGCAACCUGGAUAACUGGGACACUUCAUCCAACCCAGAAGCUCUGCAGGAGCAGGCAGAAACUUCUCUAGAAGGUGUUUUUGUAGACGCGAACUCAGCUGAUCCUGACAGUACAAACUUAUGA